AUGAGUAAAUCUCAUGGAGAUAUACAUCCGAUGUCUCCGCCAAGACCCCGCACUAAACGUCCUCGCGAUAUAGAUUCACAAGUACCUCCAACCUCAUCAGGAACUUCCUCACAUUGUCAAACCUCAUCAACACCUACGAGCACCUCAACAUACUCAUCAGCCUCAACACCAAUCGCCUAUGACCAUCCAAUAACAGAAAGCUUCGAGGACUACCACCACGACAUAUACAACACCGACACUCCCCCAGCCGGCACCACCAUGCCCGACUCAUCACAGCUCCUAAUCUGCACAGCAUGCGGAACCCAAUUCGACACCGAAGACGCCUUACUCCUCCGCCGCUGUAGAAUCUGUGACGACCCCCGCCAAUUCGUUCCCCCAACCGGCCAAGCAUUCACAACUCUCUCAGCACUCCGCUCCUCACCUCAGAAAUACACCAACAAACGCAAACCAUUCUUCAAAGACGACCGUUUCUGGAGUAUCUGGACCGAACCCAAAAUCGCUAUCGGCCAGCGCGCUAUCCUGAUAAAAACAGAGCUCGGAAAUGUGUUGUGGGAUUGCAUCACGUUUCUGGAUGAUGAGACGAGGAAUUGGAUUAAUGAGCAGGGAGGGUUGGCUGCUAUAGUAAUUUCGCAUCCGCAUUAUUAUUCCACGCAUUUGGAAUGGGCCGAAGCGUUUGACUGUCCGGUGUAUUUGAGUUGGGAGGAUAAGGAAUGGUUGAAUCGGCUGGACCGACUUGGAAAAGCCCGAUGUUUUAUCGAGGGCAAGGAGGAGGAAAUUGAGAUUGGUGGGGAGAAGUCAGGCGUGGUUGCGUUGAAAUUAGGAGGGCACUUUCCAGGAUCGUUGUGUGUCCUGGCGUUUGGGAGAUUGUUGGUUGCUGAUACGAUUGUCACUGUACCAGCAGGACUUGGGGAUUGGAGUGCUGGUCCCCACGGGACUGAGGAUGGGAGACCGAAGGAUAGUAAUAGCUACUCAUUUAUGUGGAGUAUACCGAAUAUCAUACCGCUGUCACCGCCCGAGAUCCAGGGAAUGUGGGAUGUACUGGAGAGCCAUGAGUUUACAAGUACACAUGGCGCUUUUGUAGGGACAGAAGUAUCUGAUGGUUAUGGAGGGAGCAACAAAAGUGUCAAGGAAAGGGUACUCGAAAGUAUGCAGAUACAAGUACGAAGUAUGGGUUGGAAAGAUCAUAAACUUUUGAAAGAGGAGAUAAUAUUGUAA